GAGGGAGAGGCGGAAUGGAUGUGUCUGAAAGUGAUAAAGUUUUAUAGAUUAUAUCACUUCACUUGUCGUCGUCAUUGUCUCUUGAAAUUGUUGUUUAGUUUGAACUCUUCAGACACACACACACACCGACACCAACAGUGGAUAAUCACUUCAACUGUUUGAUUGAGUGAUCUGUGAAAUCAAAUGUUCAGUUUGUGUAAGAAAUUAUGUCAAUGGAUUUGCUGUGGUUGUUGUUGUGGUGUAAGACAGACAAAGACACGGAAGAAACACAAGAGGAAAACACAACUAUCGCCGACAACACGAACAACCAGUACAGACAAAGGAAUUCGGAGAUCACGGGUGCCUCAGGUGGUGAUCAAGUCGUUUAGCGAAUUGUUAGACGAGAAAGAAAUACUCGAACUGAUACCAGAAGACAAAGAUGUGGGCAAAGAUGCCAUUGAAUAUCUUCGGCGAAGAGGAUUCGAUCUAUCGAUGAACGAUACGAACCGAUUGGGCUCCGGUACCUAUGCUGUUGUCUAUAAGGCUUGGUAUAGAGGACGCAGUCUAACGGGUACUGAGAAUACAACGAUUGCUUGCAAAGUAAUCAAAGACAAGAAACAGUUGUCGGAUAGACAACCAUAUCAUCCGUUAGACAAAUUGAGAACUGAAUUAGCAUUUUUGGCUUCGCUUAAGUCAAGCGAAUUCAUAGUCAAACCCAUCAAAUACUUUGUGAGCAAUCGUCAAGAGAAACGUGAAGAUCACAUCAGAGCCUAUGUCUUCAUGGAGUUUGCAUCGGGCGGUUCACUGAAGACACUGAUAAAAACUACCGGCAAACCAAUGGAUGAGCUGACAGCCAAACACUAUUUCGGACAGAUUGUCAGAGGGGUUAGAUUUUUACAUAAGAACGGUAUUGCGCACCGGGAUCUCAAAACGGAUAAUAUAUUGAUGUUUCCAGCGAUGGUCGACAAUGAAACACCGUUUGUAUGUAAAAUCAGCGAUUUCGGUACCACACGGAUUGGCUAUGAAAACAAUCAGUUUAUCAUGAAAAACGAUUAUGUCGGUACCCGACAAUUUAUGGCACCCGAAAUUCUGGCCUGUAAUCCUGUAUUUCAAUCAAAACCGGCUUACGAUGUGUUUGUUGCCGACUGUUGGGCACUCGGAGUCAUACUCUAUGUUAUGAUUGUCGGCGGAAGUUAUCCGUUUAGAAUACCCAACAAACGUCGGUCAACAUUAGUGUCAGCCAUUAGAUGCCAAAAGCAACAGUUGUACGACUGGCCGGACAAUUAUCGACAACAGCAACAGUCGCCGCCACUAACCAAACCUUGUAUUGAACUGAUCCGACGUAUACUAAUAGCUGAUACAAAUCUUAGACUAAGCAUUGACGAGAUAGUGGCGUCCGAGUGGCUGAUCGGAGAGACAACACUUUCAGAUAGUUUGGCCGUCGGGUCCGACAGAAUGACUGACAGAUAGAUAGAUAGAUAGAUAGAUAGAUAGACUACUAUAUCGAUA